GUUUGAUGUAGCAUUCAGUAUCAGCUUCAGGAUCAGCAUCAGCAUCCGCAUCCGCAUGUCUUGUAAACAGCGGCCACCUCGGAGCGAAUGAACUGACAUUGAAACCUUCAAGUGUAUGCACAGCAAGAACCAACCGAGCGAGAUAGAUAUUCCAGGGUCAUCCACACCCAAUUGAUGCUUCGAGCUAUCGACCCGGCGUUACUCUUAGACUUCCCCUCCCAAGACCAACUGCCGCGCAAUAGCGCAACCAACAACACAAAGUCUUCAGAAGCCAAUGCAUCUCCAGCAGCCGACUGGACAUCCGCCACGACAGGACUGCUUCUACUACCGUCACCACUUGGGUCUCAAGCAUGGCUCCCACCGAUCUCUAUGAGCGUCUCAAGUCCAAGGUUUGGGGGGAGAAGGGUAAGUUCUGCUCUUCCGGCAAGCUGAAUCUGAACCGGAGGAAUCGGCAAUGAAAUUCUUUGUCGUCUGAAAUCAUUGUUAGCCUCGUCCCCACACGCCUUGGGUAGACUGACCAGUGCCAAACUACAGAACCCAUCAAACCCGCCAUGAGCACCAAUGUCACCGUCCUCUUGCUGGUGUGUAACAGCUAGACGCGUUCAAUCGAAUCCAAAAUCUAACACUGAACAGGUCGUCUACACGCUCAUCUACGUACUCCCUUUCUACAUCUCCUCCACCACGCGCCCUUCCCCGAAUCUGUCUCGGGAUGCGCCAUCGGUAAUUCGUGGUCGCAUCACCUCCGUGACCACAUCUUGCAUAAUAUGCUCCAUCUUCACCUUCGUGAUCCUUUGUUCUAUCGUUGAAGAUGGCAACCCAGUUCAGACUCUCCACGGAAUGGGUUGGUAUCCCGUUGGAAUAAUGGAGACCGUCAAGGCAGUUGGCCUGACGGCCAUUCUCUUCCUGGGCCCGUUGUUUGAGGCUAGCGUCGUCCAAGGAGGCUGGAGGGAUUGGAUCAGGCUGCGCGGAUUAUCUACUUUGAGCGGAUGGAUAGGCUAUCGAAACCUCGUUGCUGUACGUCCAGACGAGAUUGUUAUGUUUACCAACUUGAUACUGACGUUUGAUUUCAGGGUCCCAUAACAGAAGAAGUCUUGUUUCGCUCGGCAUCGGUACCCCUCCUUCUCCUUUCCCAAACUUCAAAUACUACUACCAUCUUCCUUACGCCCAUUAUAUUUGGUCUCGCCCAUGUGCACCACUUUUACGAGUUCCGCAUCACUCAUCCCCACACCCCAGUGAUCGCUGCGUGCCUCCGCUCCCUUCUUCAAUUUUUCUAUACUACCCUAUUUGGGAGUUAUGCCACCUUUAUUUACCUGAGAACUGGGAGUCUAUUGGCUGUCACUUUAGUGCAUGCAUUUUGUAAUUGGAUGGGGCUCCCAAGGUUUUGGGGACGGUUGACUCUCGAUAACGAUACAAUAAUCGGACCAGAUAUUGGGGAUAGUAAGCGAAGUGAAGAUGGAGCCAAAGCAGGCGAAGGUAGUCUUGGGCUUAUUUGGACAAUUGUUUACUAUGCUCUCCUUGUCGUCGGGGCUGUUGGUUGGAAAGAAUACCUUUGGCAAUUGACGGAGAGUCCUUCAUACUUGGCUGCUUUUUGAAUGGACUGGUAUUUAUGGUAUUGAUGACGAACAAGAGAAGUAAUAUUUAAAUUGCCUGCGACUGUCUGACGGAAAUAGAUGGAAACAAAAAACAAGAACAUUUUUAUCUUUUCCUGCUUCUCUG